GCGAAGACAGGGGCGGAGCAGACACCGAGCGGGAGACUUGAGCGGCUCCGGGAUGGUGGAAGGUCCCGGCUGCGCCCUGCACGGGGAGAGGAUCCGGGCCCGGGUGCGCCGGGGCCAGGCGGUGCGGGGCGUGCGGGGCAGCGCGCUGCUGCCAGCCCGACCUGGGGGCCCGGGGCUCGCCGCCUGCACCGGGAAUGCUGGGACUGGGAAUAAAACCUCCUGUCAGGAUUUCCUGAGAUUGCUGAAAGGAUGUGUGUAUACUGGUGUAGAAACUUUGGGGAAGGAGCUUUUUAUGUAUUUUGGACAGAAAGCGUUGAGGGUUCACUUUGGCAUGAAUGGUUCCAUGUGUAUUAAUCCAACUGCAAGCAAAGACCGAAAUGGAGCACCACCAAUUCUGGAAAUACACCUCACUGAUGAUAUGGUUUGUUUCUUUGAUGCAACAGUAGAGCUUAGGAAUGCUGCUGAAAGUGAGCAGAAAGUAAGAAUGAUGGAAGACUUAGAUGUAUGCUCUCCAAAAUUUAGUUUCUUAAGAGCAGAAAGUGAGAUUAAGCAGCAGAAAGGUCGCAUGUUAUGUGAUGUGUUGUUGGAUCAGGCAGUGUUACCUGGAGUGGGAAAUAUCAUAAAAAAUGAAGCACUCUUUGACAGUGGUCUUCAUCCAGCUGUUAAAGCUUGUCAAUUAACAGAUGGACAGACACAUCACUUAGUGAAAAUGACCCGUGAUUUUACUCUUCUCUUUUAUAAGUGCCGCAAAACAGGAUCAGCACUCUACAAACAUUACAAGGUGUACAAACGCCCUAACUGUGGUCAGUGCAGUGGAAAGAUCACGGUUUGUCGUUUAGGAGAGAAUAACAGGAUGACAUACUUCUGUCCUCAGUGUCAAAAGGAUAAACCUCAGCUUAUUGAUGUUAGCAAACUGCCAACUAGAAAUAGUCUAAUUGGCUGGGCAUAUGGCAGGGGGUCAUGUUCUAAUGAACAUGUAGCUCAGAAAUCUGAAGAAGAGUGGACAUGUACUAUCUGCACUCUAAUAAACAAACCUUCUGCUAAGAUCUGUGAUGUUUGUUUGACUUCAAGGCCUGAAGUUUCAAAGGUAGAGAAUGAUGAAGAUUCUACAGCCUCUAAUAGCAGCUUAGUCAAGUACCCUUGUAACUGCUUUGGAAAGCCAAACACAGAAAUAAAGGUCAAUAGGAAAACCACAUUUGGAAUGACAACUCUAGUUUUGACAGAUCUCAGCAGUAAAUUCACUCCCUUAAAAAAUGACAGAGGUGAUAGCCAAACGCCAGAUGGAAAUUCUCACUGUGACUCUCCAGGAAACUACAACUAUUGCCAGAAUAACACCUGCCAGAGGAGUGGGGAAAAGUAUGAAUUACAUUCAGCAAACUCACUCACUGCAGUAAAUACAGCAUCACCCUCCCACCAUGAGGCUGAUUCUUCUAAUCCAGUGAGGAAGAAACAGAAGAUUGAUCAUUCAUCCUCAGAUUUCAAAAGUAACGUGAGUUUGUCAAAUAGUGAACAUCGUGUUAACAUGACAGAUGGUAUUUGUACCUUAAAUGCGGUCAGUCCUCGCUGCAGUAAACACAACCGCCUCUGCAGUCUCAGAGUUGUGAGAAAGGAGGGAGAAAACAAGGGCAGACAAUUUUAUACUUGUCCUCUACCCAGAGGGACUCAAUGUGACUAUUUCAAAUGGGCAGACUUACAGUUUCCAUUCUGCAAUCAUGGGAAACACUGCAUUAUGAGGACAGUGUUGAAGAUUGGGCCUAAUAAUGGAAAGAACUUUUUUGUGUGUCCCCUUGGUAAGGAUAAACAGUGUGAUUUCUUCAAGUGGACAGAAAAUGGACCAGGAAUGAAGAUUAUUCCAGGAUGUUGAGAUUUUCAUCUAUAGUGACAUUGUACUUUUCAUACUAUGUGUACUAUAGUUCUCUGCUCCAAAGGAUAUUAUUUUAGGAGAUUCAUUCUCAGGUGACAUUUCACAAUAAAAUUUUUGCCUAGAUGGUGUUUGGAAAGGAGAAGUGUGAGGUAGGGGUUAGAGAAAAUUUUAUUUUUUGUUCAUUCCUUGUCAUUGUAGCUGUUUUAUCUAACUGUAACAUCUUUCAGAAUUAGCAGUUAAUGUAUCUGGCAUUCUGAAAGUUAAACAAUGGUAACAUAUCAUUAGCAUGCUAGUUUCCUGGGAGAAGACCUAGUCUGAAGGGGGAAUAAUGUAUCUGUAAUUAAAAUGUAGCUGUCACUUGCAGUUUGUGAUGUAUUGUAAUAUUCUGUCAGUGCAGUAUUUUUGGUUUUGAUUGGAGUCUGUCUGUUCCUUAUAUAGGUGUCGCGUUAGUUCCUCAGCAUAGCAGGUGUUCAAAUAUUUAUUGUUAUAUGUGAACUUCUCAUAUAAUGGAAGGUGAAAAUUUGGCGUUCAAUAAAAUUUAAGAAAAAAAUCACUCUUUAAAUUUAUUUAUACAGAUCCAUGUUUAAUAGUUCGUUAUGAGGAUCACUAUUUGUACACUUAAAUCUUGUCAUACUUAAUGAGUUCACUAUUGUUGGCUAGACUUGUAAUAGAAGACACUAACAUUUGUUUUAUAAUUUUACAAAUCUCUCUAAUGGAUAUUUUAAUCUGUCUUAAUGCCUCUAGUGCCACUUAAUAGACCCCUGAAAGGAUGUUACUAGUGUGCUAUUGUAUAACAAUACUAAAGACCCUAAUUCUGUUGUGAUUCACAAUCAGUGUAAAUCCGUUAAGCAGCCGUGCUAUUUAUUCUUAACAGCUUCUGGAAAUUUAUGUUUGCAUAUGUCAUGUCUGUGUGGCUGUUGUUCAGGAUCAUGGAAAAGAGGAAGAAAUGGAGGGAGUAAUCAAAAAACCUUACGCUUCCUCACUAAAAUAUAAUCUGCUCAAAGUAGUAAGCAAACUAAAAUCUAACUAAAGCCUCAAUUAUAAAACCCUGUGACCUUUGUUCCACAAAGCACUAAUGCAUCUUUAUAAUACAAUGAAAAUAUUAAAUUACAUAGAAAAUAAGAACACGAGUAAAAGGUUUAUUUAGGUGACAGACUACUAAAGGGACAAUGCCUUCAUUUUACAGAGUCUCCCUUACCUCUUACAACACUCAGAUCGUAAAAAUUAAAGCCUUUAAAUUUUGUUCAACCUGUGUUGUCAAUUUUACUUUGUGAAACCUGACUGAAGUGCAAAAU